CCGCCAGUGGUGUGCGGUGCCGUUGCCGCGCGAGAACGGCCGCUUCUAAGAAACUAGACUCGUUUUUGCGUUGCAUCGGAAGAGCGUCCGUACCGUGAGCUAUCGAACAAAGAAGCUGUACCAUUCGUUCGCUCUCACCCUCAUCCUCUCUUCUCUUUACCACGUCCAACGUCUUUUACCCAGGACCACCUCCCUCAUCUACCGAUGGCUGCUUCUAGACCACUCCUAACCUCACUUCGCUUAGCCACUGGAUCCGUCUUGGCUUCCUUUUUCUUUUCUCUCAUCAUCUUCCUUCUUUACUUCGUUCAUCCUUCCUCACGUUUCUAAGCUUCGUUUAUAUAUAUAUAUGUUCCAUUGAAUGGUUAUUUUCUUAAUCCCUUCCCGAUUUCUUCGUACCAUGAUCAUGUUUCUUCAUCCCCUGCCUAACUUUUCUCCCUGUCCAUUACGCUGGAGGAUUUAUCGAUUCUUCUUGAAGCAUUUGAUGGUAUUCCCGAAGGAAAUCUCGUUUCUUUUCUUUCAGUUUUGCGAAGUUUAUUUCAGCUGAUGAAAACUCUUUAGAUUGUCUCUUAGCUUUGUUUGAUUACACGAAAACAAUUUUGUUAUUUAAUAAAUUUGUUCAAUUGGAAAAAGAAAUUAGAGCGUGGAAGAAUCGUUUGAGAAUAGAAUCGAUUGAUGUAAGUGAUGAAAUAAUUAUUAGAAGUAUAGCUGUUUCUAAUAAUUAGAACUAUUAUUUGAUAUGUUCACAAAAAGAUUAAACAAACAUUAACAAGAAGAAAAAACUCCAUUAACAAUGAAUAUUUAAAAUAUAGUAAAUUAAGACUAUCAACUGUAAAAAACAUUAAAUUAAUAGGUAUGAUAUAUAACCUUCAAACGAAAAUUCAUAAAUAAUCUCAGAGAUCAAAAGUUAUGCGAAGCAUAUUAUUGAAACUUUAUCCAUGUAAAAGAAGAUCUUAAAUAUCGAUAAUCUUUCAAGCAUUUCGUUAACAAAUUAAAUGGAGACUUAUAAAUAAAAAAGAAAAAAUAUAAAGAGAAUGAAGAAACAAGAUAGUCGAGCAUCUUGUAAUCCGCUGAAAAGUGAUGGAAUGACAGUGAACUGUGGACACAAAAGAGAAAAGUCGGUGGUGGCAAAGAGGUGGCGCGUACGCAUCGUUCCCAGGGAGGCUGAGGAGACCACGGUAGGAUCAGGUUUUUCUUAGCGCGUCCCUGGUGCGCGGUAUUGGAUGCUAUGCCGUGACGACUCUGCCUCCGACUCGCGUACGUGUUCCCCGCCGACAAAAACGAUUAUCUCGUGCCAAAAAAGUUGUUAUGUAAAUGCACUGCUUGUCCUAGACUGUCGGUCAGAGGUAUAGCUACUUUACUUGAUCGCGCGAGAAGGAUGUUCAGUAGAGAGUCUUUCCUAUCGGAUAAUUACGAUCAGAGUGUACUCAAAUUAAAUCUCUAAGAGAAAUUAAAUUUACCAUUGCCUGUCCAUAUGAAUACACGUAUUUCAAUUAUGAUUUUCUUUUAUAUAUCUAAAAUUUCCAAUUGUACCUAUGUAUUUAGAAUUGUUUAAUAUACUUUCACCUCAAUUAUUCAGAUCAAUUUAGAAUUUAUAGAAUUUCAUUCGUUUUAGUUAACAAAUUAACUUGUAUAAUUAUUGUACUCUAUAAUAAUUAAAAUUUCACCAAUAAUAUUAAUCCAUAAUCGUGGAUCUGUUAAUUUCACAAUACGCUGGUAUUCAAAUAAAUAAAAUUUUAUGGCACUUAUUAGAGGCGCAUAACGAUGCUCGUUUCGUGAAAUGAACCCAGUGGAAAGAACGUAAAAGUGGGGGAAUGGGGAACGUAGGAGAUCGGCGCCUCAUUAGAAAGAUCCACAUAUCCCUUCGGGUUCAGCCGUGGCUGCAGGGGCCAACGUCAGAAAAAUCUCGCGGAACGAGUCACCCCGCUGCUGUCAGGGACUUACUCGUAUCUCGGUCGGUGUAUAUAAGCGUGAGACCGGGCCCCAGCUUCGUAAUAAGACCUGACGGCCAGGUUUUUCAGGGGCCGGCUCUACCGUAUUGCUCCGUAUCUCCUUCUGCAUUUCUUCUCUCUAUCGUUCUCUCUUAGCUUCCUGUCGCUCUCUUUAUUUUUUGCUACCUAUCUCUCUCUCUCUUUUCUUCUCAUCCCUUAAAUAUAUCCCUUUUUCUCUCCUCCUCCUCCUCCUCUUCUUCCUCCUCCUCUUCUUCCUCCUUCUCCUCCUCUUCAUCUCGCUGAUACUUUUGCUCUCCUCUCGUUCUUCCUCUCGUUUCUCGGUUCAUCUUCCGUUUUAUCUUUCUCCCCCUUUUGUUUUAAUUUCUAUCCUUCCCUCCUUGUCGCGCACAGGCAUACGGUUGUUUCUUCGGGACACACCAUAUCUCUCUCUCUCUCUCUCUCUCUUUCCUCGACCUGCGGCGUCCGAUGCCAUGCCAGCGGUACCGGUAUUAAUUUAUACGCUGUACGUGUGUGCACGCCGCUUUUUCUCGCAGUUCCUCGAAAUUUGCAAGAAACUAGUCGGACACCCUGGCGGCUCGACCGUCUGCCGCAUACUGUCGGGGCCGAGAGCCACUCGCGGUGAGUCGUGCAGACAUCCGUACCUCAGAAUGAAGCGGAACUUCAACUAUACAGGGUGAUGCAACGUGCCUCUCUGUUGAGUUACUAUGACACACUUUUAGAAAUGGGUGGUGAUGACGUGCAACAAUUAUGUGAUGCUGGAGAAGAGGAAUUUCUGGAAAUUAUGGCACUUGUUGGUAUGGCGAGCAAGCCUCUUCAUGUCAGAAGACUUCAAAAAGCUCUUCAGGAAUGGCUUACAAAUCCCUCACUUUUCCAAACACCAGUCGUUCCAACGUCUGCCACAUGCAAAACUCCUGCCGGCAUGGGAUUCCCCUGCGUGAGUCCCAGGCCACAAGUGCAAAAUCUUCAAGGUUUCACAACGACCUCUCAAACGCCAACUCCUACACCUUAUGUCUCGUCACACGUAUCCCUAACACCAUUACCAUGCAGAAGUACCAGCCCUAUUGUAUCCGUUACAAGUGUAACAGCACCAGUUGCCACGACCACAUUUCGACAAAGUCCGAGCCCCAGUACACCUUUACCUUAUGCCACUUCACACAGUCCUGGUGUAUUACAGGUAGGAACAUGCGAAUCAUCUUGUGGCAGUGGUACAACCCCAAGUCCUAGCGGUGGUGGCGGUGGUGGUGGUGGUGGCGCACCCGCAAGUCCAACGCAACCCACCCCAACUCUUUUGCAAUCUCAAAUUCAAAGACUUGCAGAGGCUGCUGAAAGACUCGCCGCUACUAUCCGUCCGGUCGACCCAAAGCCUCAUAAUGUUAAAAAAAAGAUUUGCAAAAAUUUGGAAUUGGUAAUGGCUAUGCCUGAUAGUGAUCCACGUAGAAUGGAAGAAAUUCGAAAAUAUGCAGCAAUUUAUGGAAGGUUUGACUGUAAGAGGAAACCGGAGAAACCGUUGACAUUGCACGAAGUGUCAGUAAAUGAGGCUGCAGCGCAAAUUUGCAGGUUCGUACCUGCCCUACUUACUAGAAGAGAUGAACUUUUUCCUUUGGCCCGCCGUGUUGUGAGAGAUUCUGGGUAUCAUUAUUCAAAAAAUCAUUAUUUAUCGGUUUCGAGACCACGUGAAAAUGGCGAGGAAAACGAUGCCGAGCGUACAAAGCGACAAAAGCUCGAGCUCGAGGGUGAGAAUGAAGAUGCGACGCAGGAGGAGUUGGAUCUACGUUGUCCUGAAAUGGAUAUAAGUAACUCGACAAUCAGAAGACAUAGAUCUUCAAGUCCAGUUUGGAGGAAGAAGAAUAACAAUGGCAUGUUUAGUGCGAGUAUCGAGGAGAUUAGUGAUUCGGAUAGUCAACUUUCAUUUUCAAAUGAAGAAUCUUCGUCGAUACAUGACACUAAUGAAGUUGAAGCAGAUAAUACGGAUAAAGAAAGUGAUUUUAAUCUUAAGGUAAUAGCUUCGCGAGGAGAUAAUAUAAUUGCCGUGGCGAAUCCUGCAUUAAUGGAAUGUAAUCAUCCUAUAAAAGAAGAACCAACAGAUGAGAAACCAACACUGUGAUAUUGUUAGAAAAUUGUAUUGUCAUAUUUCUAAGCAUCAUUCCUAGAAACAUAUUUUAGCUUAUAUUAUAAUUAGUAUUAUUAUUACUCGUAUUUGACCAUUGUUGUAUAAUUUACUAUAAUAUACAUAUAAUUUUUUAUCGAUUAUACAUAAUUUUUUAUCAAUAUUAUACAUGUUAUUAUACAUGUAAAAUUUUCUUUAUUAAAAAUUAUUUUAAAACAGAUUUUACAAUUACGUGCAAGAUGAACAAAAUUAUG